AUGUCUCUACGCGUUUUGCAACUCUCACGGAUCAUCACACCUCAUACACGUGGCUCCAAACGUCUAUUGAUCCGUACAAUGGCUUCUCAAACCCCUGCAAAACUUGCUAUACUCGAUGAUUACCAUAAUAUCGCAGCACAGCAUUUCUCCACUAUUGACUCUUCCAAGCUUGAGAUCACCACUUUCAAUGACACGCUACCCUCAUAUACGCAUCCUAAAACCAACGAUGCCGACCGCAAGCAACUCGAGAACCGUCUACGGCCCUUCUCGAUUCUCUCGACCAUGCGCGAACGAACCCCGCUCCCUGGCGACCUCCUUCGCAAGCUACCAAAUUUGAAAGUCAUAUUUGCUACAGGAACACAGUUUGAAACAUUCGACAAAGAAGCUAUGAAGGAGCUAGGCAUUCAAUUGGUUGCUGCGCCAGGGAAGGGGAGAACCGACGGGAAAGGCAGUGGGCCAUCGGCUCGAGCGAAGAUGAAUAUCAAAAAGGGUGGAGGGCAUCCUACCACACAGCAUGCGUGGGCGAUGAUAUUGGCUCUGGCACGCAAUAUUGCAGCGGAUGAUGCCGUAAUCAAAGGUAAAGGAGUAGCUGCAGGGUGGCAAACCGAUCUGGCUAUCGGGCUACAGGGCAAAACUCUCGGUAUGGUUGGAUUUGGGAGGAUAGGUGCGCUUGUGGCGAGAGUAGGGCUGCUAGCUUGGGGUAUGAAGAUUGUAUGUUGGAGCGCCAAUUUGACGCAAGAGAAGGCGGAUCAAUUGGCGGAAGACGUAGGACUACCGGCCGUGGGAGGAGGUAUUGCCGCAGAAGACGAGCCUACAUUCAAUGUCGUCGGAAAAGAAGAGCUUUUUAAGAAAUCUGAUUGCAUCAGCUUGCAUUACGUUCUGAGCGCCCGAUCGCGAGGUAUUGUUGGUGCACAAGAGCUAGGGUGGAUGAAACCGUCCGGGCUUUUGAUCAACACAUCGAGGGGGCCGCUCAUUGACGAAACUGCUUUGCUGGACGUUCUUCGUAAUGGUCGCAUACGGGGCGUUGCUCUUGACGUAUUCGAUAUCGAACCUCUUCCCUCAGAUAGCCCGUGGAGGACUGAGAACUGGGAUGAAGAGGGCAAGAGCAGGGUCCUUCUGACCCCGCAUAUGGGCUACGUCGAAGAAAGUACAAUGCGAACAUGGUACGAAGAGACAGCGGAGAAUGUAGAGCGGUAUGUCGACGGCAAGGAUUUGCUACACCGCCUUAUAUAA